UGGCACAAUUGACUGGCAAGUCGAUGCCCGUCAGUAGACAAUUACACCUGCGAUCCGCGAGUAGGUACUGGACUUUUUUGUACUGUUGCUGCUGCUGCUCAAAACCUAAACAGAUUCGGCUAAGAAGUUUUCUACCAUCCGCUGUAUCCGCUUUGUUUGGAAGAUUGUUCAAGAACUCUCUACUGGGUACUCAUUACCAGUAAUUAAUUGGAAGCGAGUUGAUACCGGCUGCUUGGAGCGUCUGAAUUGGCUACGUCACCAAAAAACAUUUGAGGAGGUUAUUUCGUAAUAACCUUUGUCUGGGAGAGGAUCAAGAGUUCUUCGAGAAGUUGAAUACGCAUGCUGGACUCCAGGAUGAUUGCUCCUCAGAGCUACUGAUUUUCUCACGAACCAAAGCCACUGAGCAAUGUCCGUGUUCGAUUGGGACAGCCCCGUUAGUAUAGCAGCAUACGUAGUGACAUCGAUAGCAGUGUUUCUGUCCGUUUUCAAGACCUACCUGUAUCUCACCUGUGGAAAGAUCACCAACAGUCGCAACAUGGAAGGCAAAACCGUCAUCAUCACCGGUGCCAACUCCGGCAUCGGCAAGGAAACCGCCCGGGAUCUGGCGAAACGGGGCGCCCGAGUCAUCAUGGCCUGCCGGAACAUGGAAACGGCCAAGGAAGCUCGCGAACAAAUCAUCGCAGAAUCACAAAACAAAAAUGUCGUCAUCAGGCACAUCGACAUCAGUUCGCUGGCAUCGAUCCGAGCCUUUGCCAAGGAAAUUGAAGAUUCGGAAUCGGUGGUAGAUGUGCUGAUCCACAAUGCCGGAGUGGCCCAAGGAUUCAAUAAUAAGUCGACGGCCGACGGUCUGGAGCUAACGAUGGCAACCAAUCACUAUGGUCCGUUCCUGCUGACCCAUCUGCUGAUUAACAUGCUCCGGAAAGCGGACCAAGGACGCAUCAUCACUGUCUCCUCCAAGCUGUAUCGAUACACCGGGAUCAAACGGGAUCUCAGCAACAUCAAUCCGUUGAACUAUUUCUCGCUGUUCCCGGUCAAGCUGUACAAUCUGUCCAAAUUUGCUGAAAUCAUGUUCACUCAAGAGCUGGCUCGACGCCUCAAGGGCACCCGAGUGACAGCCAAUUGCCUACACCCAGGGGUAAUCGAUACCGGAAUCUGGCGUAAUGUACCUUUUCCUCUAAGCAUCCUCUUCAAGCCGAUCCAGUUGUGCUUCCGAACACCGGAAGAGGGAGCUCGGACAACGGUUCAUCUGGCCGUUUCCGCUGACGUGGAGCACAUCACCGGCAAAUACUUCCGACGGUGCCAGGUAGAGGAGCUAAACAAGCGAGUUCAAGACGUGGACAUCCAGAAACGCUUCUGGGAGGCCUCCAAGCUGUUGGUUAAGCUGCAGGACAGUGAUCCAAAGAUUUGAAGAGAUUUGGCCUGAGAUUUUUAAAAUCGUUUCAAUUACAGGAAUCAUCAGUUUCAUCAGAUUCUUUUUCCACAUCCUCGGUUCAAAGACUUCAUUCUUUCAUGUGUGUAUAAAACCAGUGAUUAUACUAAA